CCCGGAUAAGCGGAUUCCGCCCGUGCACGCCGGGCGCCUCCGGGCAUGCGCAGUGGCCGCCCACGGUGGCUGAGCUCCCGGGAGUCUCGGUGCCGGAAGGGUUGGUUGGUGUCGGCUUGCUGGCCGCCUGGGUCAUGUCGGCCCAGGGCGACUGCGAGUUCCUGGUGCAGCGAGCCCGCGAGCUGGUGCCCCAGGACCUGUGGGCCGCCAAGGCAUGGCUGAUCACCGCCCGCAGCCUCUACCCGGCUGACUUCAACAUCCAGUAUGAGAUGUACACCGUGGAGCGGAAUGCAGAGAGGACUUCCACAGCUGGGAGGCUUCUGUAUGACAUGUUUGUGAAUUUCCCAGACCAGCCCGUGGUAUGGAGAGAAAUCAGUCUCAUCACAGCAGCAUUAAGGAAUGAUUCGCAGGACAAACAGACACAGUUUUUAAGAAGUUUAUUUGAAACUCUUCCGGGUCGGGUCCAGUGCGAAAUGUUGCUAAAGGUUACAGAACAAUGCUUUAACACACUGGAACGAUCAGAGAUGCUGCUCUUGCUUUUGAGGCGCUUUCCUGAAACAGUGGUGCAACAUGGGGUUGGCCUUGGGGAGGCACUGCUAGAAGCAGAGACCAUUGAAGAACAAGAAUCUCCUGUUAACUGCUUCAGAAAACUGUUUGUUUGUGAUGUCCUUCCUCUAAUCAUUAACAACCAUGAUGUUCGAUUGCCUGCCAAUUUACUAUAUAAAUACUUGAACAAAGCAGCUGAAUUUUAUAUCAAUUACGUCACUAGGUCCACACAGAUAGAAAAUCAGCAUCAAGGUGCACAAGAUACAUCUGAUUUAAUGUCACCCAGCAAACGCAGCUCUCAGAAGUAUGUAAUAGAAGGACUGACUGAAAAAUCGUCCCAGAUUGUAGACCCUUGGGAGAGACUGUUUAAGAUUCUGAAUGUUGUUGGAAUGAGAUGCGAAUGGCAGAUGGAUAAAGGAAGACGAAGCUAUGGUGACAUGUUGCAUCGGAUGAAGGAGCUCUGUAGGUACAUGAACAACUUUGACAAUGAAGCACACGCAAGAUAUAAAAAUCAAGUGAUUUAUUCCACGAUGCUGGUCUUCUUCAAAAAUGCAUUUCAAUAUGUCAGCAGCAUCCAGCCAUCUCUCUUCCAAGGUCCUAAUGCCCCAAGCCAAGUUCCGUUGGUUCUUCUUGAAGAUGUAGUCAACGUAUAUGGUGAUGUAGAGAUUGAUCGCAAUAAACACGUACAUAAAAAGAGAAAACUAGCUGAGGGGAGAGAAAAAACCAUGAGUUCAGAUGAUGAAGAGUGUUCAACCAAAGGAAGGAAUCGUCACAUCGUGGUCAAUAAAGCAGAGCUCACCAAUUCCAUGGAUGUGCUGGAAAGCUUCAAGCUGGCUAGGGAGAGCUGGGAGCUGCUCUACUCUCUGGAGUUCCUGGACAAAGAAUUUACAAGAAUUUGUUUGUCGUGGAAGACGGAUACCUGGCUGUGGUUAAGAAUCUUCCUCACUGAUAUGAUCAUCUAUCAGGGUCAGUAUAAGAAGGCUAUAGCCAGUCUGCAUCACUUAGCAGCUCUCCAGGGGUCCCUGUCUCAGCCACAGAUCACUGGACAAGGGACCUUAGAACACCAGAGGGCACUCAUCCAGUUGGCCACGUGCCACUUUGCUCUGGGGGAGUACAGAAUGACUUGUGAAAAGGUCCUGGAUCUGAUGUGCUACAUGGUGCUGCCCAUUCAGGAUGGAGGCAAAUCACAAGAGGAACCCUCCAAAGUCAAGCCCAAGUUCAGAAAGGGUUCAGAUCUGAAGCUCUUGCCCUGUACCAGCAAAGCUCUCAUGCCAUACUGCCUGCAUUUGAUGCUAGCCUGCUUUAAGCUGAGAGCUUUCACGGACAACAGAGACGACAUGGCGCUGGGCCACGUGAUUGUACUGCUCCAGCAGGAGUGGCCACGGGGAGAGAACCUUUUCCUGAAAGCUGUCAAUAAGAUUUGCCAGCAAGGAAAUUUCCAAUAUGAGAAUUUUUUCAAUUAUGUCACAAAUAUUGAUAUGCUGGAGGAGUUUGCCUACUUAAGAACCCAGGAAGGUGGAAAGAUUCAUCUGGAAUUACUCCCAAAUCAAGGAAUGCUGAUCAACCAUUGCAGACCUUUUGGGUGGUCCCUCCAGAUGAGUGGCAGAGAUGUUGUGAGCAGUGUACAGCUCCUCCCCUUGGGGCCUUCUAGCCCUCCCAUGGGGUUACUGCAGCAGGAAUUCUUACCUGUGCUUCAGCCCAGCAUACAGACUGCUGACAGGCACCACACGGUCACUCGGGGCAUCACCAAAGGCGUGAAGGAGGACUUCCGCCUGGCCAUGGAGCGCCAGGUCUCCCGCUGUGGCGAGAACCUGAUGGUGGUACUGCACCGCUUCUGCAUUAACGAGAAGAUCUUGCUCCUCCAGACUCUGACUUGACCGAGGCCUCUGGGCCACUGGCAGCUCAGCUGUGUGACUCUGAGGAAGACAUGGCGGUGCAGUGCUGGGGGCCGGGGCUCAGGAAGAGGGAAACACCUGAAUUCUAACUCUUUGUGUUGUUUAAAAGUAGUUUCCCAAGAGUGUGAGAAGUCCUUUCUAUUCUUAAAAGUUCAGGUUUUUGUAACUUUUAUAAAGCAAGAGUCGAUUUGCCUUGUAAAUAAAAAUCCUAAAAUUUGAAGUUUUAAAAACUUAUUUUUAGUUUCUAAGUAGGGUACAUUUGUCUAUUUUUCUAAGCAUAGAGCAAGGGGGCAAAAAUCCAACACAACUGAAUAGAAACAUGAAUUUUGUUAUGUACGUACUUAAAUGCCUGAAUAUGUCUUCCACGAUCUCACAUGUAUUUUCAUAGUUACACUUUGGUAAGUAUAACAUAGCAACAGAACGUCUGACCUUUUGUUUUAUGCAAAAUGGACUUUGAGCCUACCCUGUCCCUGCUGAGUCCACUGAAGGCUCAGUGCUCGAGAGUCUUUGAAAAGCCAGACGGUGAUUGUAGCAUAGCAACAAAGGACCAGGGGAGCCUCCAGCUCCCGGGCCUGGGCAAGGCAGCCAAGUAGACUCUCCAGGGCCUUUGGAACCAGACAACACUACUUGUUAUCGACCUGGCUCUGCCCUGCCCUGUAUUUUGACUGAGUGACCAAGGAUGUUUGUGUACACAUGUGCACACAUGCGCACACACAGCAACCAUAAUUAUUUUUUCUAGGUACUACAUACUGCCACCGACUAGGUUGUUUUGCAAGUGUUUUCUUAAAAGGACAGACAUUCUUAUUUCCUCCCAAAGUGACCCUGUGUAUCCUUUGAGUCUUACUCAGCCUACUGAAGCACUGGCCUUAGAUAAGGGAUUUUCUUGCUAAAUCAACUUCUGUGGUGUGCGUGUCACCCGAUGAUUGGUGUGUUAAAAAAAGCUUGGUCGUAGCUUUGUAUGAAUUUAAUGUUUCGUGCAUUUAAAGAUGUCUUGUUCAGAGACUCUCAGUAGAGAUUUCUGUUUGUUUAGUAUAUUUAUUCUGCCUGAUGAUAGUCUUUAUAGGUCCCAGUAUGUUUUAAAACUGCUGAAGAACACGAUUGGUAACCUGGGAGAAAAAUAAAGUGAUUUCAUUAUUUCAA